AUGGAAGCUGUUUAGAGCAUUUAGAGAAUUAUAGUUUAAGCUAGCAGAUCAUCUAUCAAUGACAGUCCUUUGUCAACACCUGGUUUCAGCUGGAUGUCAUCUUAGCAACUUAUGUACCUAAGAGGAUUUCUAUUGCUUUUUGAUGUUCUUAUUGGUGGUAAUGCACUCUCAAUCACAGGAAUCGCUAAAUUUCCAUUUUAUUUGUCUCCUUAAGGAGUGGUCUGGUCAAUUUUGACUGAAUACUUGUUGUUUGCAUCACAUUUCAGAACCUUCGAUUAAAGAUAUGAAAACUUGGUAAAAGCAAUGUUUGAGAUGUCCACCAUUAUUCAAACUUUAAUCACAGUUUACUACUGGACAUUGCUUUAUAAGCCAGGAAAGUUUGACUUCAAAAAUAUCGUUGCCUGGUAAUUAACUGUGAUGAUGCAUGUCACUCCUAUAUUAACAAUGUUCAUAGAAAUGAUUUUCAAUAAUAUCAUCUUUGAUUGGAAGAAAGGUUGGCUAAGAGUUAUAUAUCCUUUGAUAGUAUAUUGUCCUAUGUAAAUUUUUGCUAAAGAUAUCAUGGGAAAAAAUCCAUAUGGUAGCAUUGACCUUACUAAAAUGAAUUUCUAUAUCUUUUAAGCAAUAGUUCUAGUGGCUACCAUAUUCAUGUAUUUUACUAUUGCUUUUGUUAAUAAUCUAGCUAAAUCUGGCUCUGGUUCAUCUUUAAACGAUAUUAAAUAACUUGUUACCUAGGAUUACAAGUAUUUAGUGGAUUUAAUCUGA